AUGUCGGUGUAUCGGAACGGGAAACUGUUGAAGCGAAGCGAACCGUUCUCGGGUUUCAGACGUUUCCUCGUCGUGAACGUCCACUCAGUAAUGAUGACGCGAAGCCGAAGACCGUCCACCUUUGGGCGAGCACACAGGCCGACCAAUCGCCAUAUCCGAAACUGCCUGAAGACACAAGAUCUUGUAACCUCUGGAAAGGCUCACAGAUCGUUGAUAGGCACAGAAUUCGCGCUGAGUAUCAGCGCCGCCCAAAGGCCGUAG